UCCCCCCGCCCCUUUCUCCAAAGUCUACGAUGCGACUCUGUUCAGUUCCACAUGCAAAGACAAGUCCUUCAGGCUCCCCCAUCCAAGGACGUUCGCCCGGUUGCUGCAAGAGCUCCCUUUGCGUGGGGUUUCCCCCCACCCACUCCCCCUUUUACUCCUUUCUGUGAUCUCCUUUCCUUCUCCCAGCCAAACCCACCGCCCCAAGAAGGACGAGAGAAGCAGCUUUGCUGGGGAUUUUUGAGCGAUGGUUCGUCUGGAAGCCUCGCUUCUGCUCUUUUGCCUCUGCCAAGCAUUUUCGCUGCCUGUACCUACUCAGGUGUCCAAGGACGAUGAAACGGUGAUUAAAUGCAUCUCGGAAAUCUUAGCAGACACCCUGUCCAGAUCCAGCCCAAUGCCGGUGACCAGUGACUGCAUGAAGAUCCUGAGAGAGGACGAGAGAGUCCUGACGAUGCUCCAUCAUCGGCAUCUGCUGACGGAGUUGGAGGAACUCGCCCAUCAAGAAAAUACAAAGCAUCUCCUGGCCCAGGAAAAGGACCACAGUUCUCGGGAAGGAAAGCAAAAAGGAGAACUCAAGAAGAGGGAGGAGGCUGCCCAACAGAAGGAAGCUGCCCCUGAGAAGAGGGAAGAGCACGCUGGUGAAAAGAAAGAAGAGAAGAAGGAGGAAGAGGAGAAGAAGGAGGAAGAGGAGAAGAAGAAGGAAGAGGAGAAGGAGGUGACAAAGAAGGAUGAGAAAAGUAAAGACCCAAAGGAGAAAACUGAGGUCUCUCAAGAGGCUUUGAAGGAACGGGAUGAAGAGGAAGAGGAAGAGGAAGAGGAGGGAGAUAUAAAGAAGAGGACCUCCUCAGAGACGUGGCACUCCAAGGAAUAUUUUGGCCACGUCAAGAAAAGAGGUUCUAGGCCGCCCAAAAUCAGAAAGGGAAUGCUUCAGGGAGACGAAGAAAGCCAGGAGGGGCAGGAAAUGGGCAAGAGACGCUUUAGGAUGGAUGAGGAAGAGGGGGAUGACACCUCAGAAGAGGAGAAGAAGAAAUACCAUCCUGGAGGGCACAGCGAUGAUGAGAAGUGGGAGGGAGAAGAGAGGAGAUCGGCCGUGGCCAAGAGGGUGGCGGAGAAGGCCAGCGAUGAGGAGACCUCACAGUUUGAAGAGGAAGAACAAGAGAAGGGUCUUAAAAGCUCCAAGUCCAAGGCCCACCUCCAUAAAGGGUGGAACCCAUUGCAGGAAGAAGAGGAGGAGGAGGAAGAAAAGGAGAACCACAACAAGGCGAGAUACGGCCACCGCCAUCCAUCGGUGGACUUGGACCUCAAGAUGAGAUAUUGGAAGGAUCAGGUGGAUCUGAGGGGCAGACACCACACUCCUGAGGAGGAAGAGGGGGAGGAGGAAGAAAAGCAUUCCAGGCAGAGGAAGGCUCCGGAGGUGGAGAAACUGGAAGAGAUUGAGCGGGAGUUGAAGUGGGCUGCUGACAAGCUAGAAGAACUGAAGAAGGGUUAAAUCCUGCUGCUGCCUCAGGAGCUGGGGAGGGGUAGGAGAAAUCCCAGCUAUCAAGUCGCCUUCUAUCAGCCCCCCCUUCCUCCUUUCUCUCUGACCCUUGUAUUCAGCUUGGCUUUAGACUGUUAAACUAAGUUUUCCCUUGCUUACAAUGAUCGUCAAGAAGAGAAUAUUUGUAGCUCAGGGUUACUGAACGGUGGAAUCCCGGGCCUUCUCUGAGCUCGGUGGUUUUCUUGCAGACAUUUCGUGACCCAACUAGGGAACAUCGUCAGUGCUAGAAGGGAGUAGGGUAUGUGGAGAGGAAGAGGACGUUUGCAGACGUUUCAUUACCCAGCUAGGUAACAUCUUCAGUACUAGAAGGGAAUGGGGUUUGCUCUCUUUGUAUUCAAGUGGUUUGCCCUGUCAGUGUUGGUGGUUUCUUGUGAGAUCCUUGGCGCUCUUUGAGCUUGGGGGUUUUCUUGCAGAUGUUUCAGGACCCAUCUAGGUAACGUCAACAGUGCAGAAGGGAGGAGGUGUUUGCUCUCUUGAUAUUUCCUUGAUAAGCUUAAAGGAAUUUGGUGGGAGGAACUACCAACUCAGACAAUUAACUAGUCUAACCAAAGAAUGACCUAAGACACUCCCAAGACCGAGAAGACAAGCCACUUGUAUAUAAACAGAUAGCAAACACCAUUCCCUUCUAGAACUGAUGACACUAUCUAGUUGGGUCAUAAAAUGUCUGUAAGAAAACCACUCAGAAAGCGCCAAGGAAUGCAGUCGUCGUCCUCUCCACACCCCCCACUCCCUUUUUGCACUGAUGUUACCUAGUUGGGUCAUAAGAAAGCAAGAAAGCAUCAGAGAGCAUCAAGGACCCCAACAAAUAUCCACCUGACUCACAUUUUGUCACAAAACAGGGAGUCCCUUACUUCCCAGAUAAAGAACUCAAUCUGGCUACAGAAGACUGUUUUCCCACUGACCAGCGUCCUCAGAUCUCCGCUUGCUACUGCCGGGAUAGCUUUGAUCGCCUCCUAAAAGCUUAGUGCUACACAUGUAUUUUAUUAUGUAUUUUCGAUUACAAAGUCUUUAAAUGGCUGGGGGACAAGUUCGCAUUACUACAACUUUUCUACGCCGCAAUUCCAGGGAUGGUCAAAUGGGAACAAGGCUCUCUUUUCUGCGUUGCGUAUUAAGAUUUAAAAAAAAAAAAUUGGUUUAAUCAGUGGUUUUUCACUUUUAGCAACUUGAAGAUGGGUGGGAUUUCGACUCCCAGAAUUCCCCAGCCAGCAUGAACUGAAGUCCACCCAUUUUCAAGUUGCCACGGGUAGAAAAAAAGCAAAAAAUCUGGGUUAAAUAAACAGGGGCUCCCAUAAUCUUAAAUUUCCACUCGGAAUAGGGGUGACUUGUGGCACCUCAGUAUUUUGCUGUCGUUAAAGCUUGCCUUUUUCCUAACAACUGCUGCAGUCAUUCUGCUGCACCGUUGCGUCAAAAUGUAUUUUGGAUCUGCACACAUUGCAAAUAAAAACAAUUGCCUAAGA